UUGUCAUUGUGGAGUUUGCUGUGAGGUUGAUUGUUGUCCUUUUAGAAUUAAUAUUUUUGCUAUUUCCUUUUGUGAAAGUGUGUAAAUAUUAAAUUAGAUAUUGUUUUGUUAAAGUAAUUGGAGAAGGGAGACAGAAGAAAUUCAAAUGCCUUAUGGAAUAAUUGGAUUCAUCCAGUGAUCUGAAGCUCAGAGGCUGUUGUUUCUCCUUUGCUGUUGACCUCACACUGUUUUUGCUUUCAGAGCGGGAGAUAACUGCUUUCCCUCCUGUAUGGAAGAAAACCUGGCUCUCUUUUGUUUGGUUACAGGCUUUAAAGCAUAAGACCACCAUAACCAGCAGACCACGACAUUUAGACAUCCUGUGACAGGACAUAUUUCUCCAGAAAACAUUGAAUUUAUUUUACAAGAAGAGCAGAAUUCACACAUGUCCAAGCAACAAGUAAACCAAAGACCCUCAAGCAUGGUCAGUGAAACAUCCACUGCAGUAACUACAUCCACUGUAGAUACAAAACCUGGCUCCAAGGUUUUAAAAUCUGGCAAUAAAGUUCACAGCUUUGGAAAGAGGGACCAGUCUAUCAAGAGGAACCCUAAUGUUCCUGUUGUGGUGAGAGGCUGGCUACACAAACAGGAUAGCUCUGGAAUGAGAUUAUGGAAAAGACGAUGGUUUGUGCUGUCUGAUUAUUGUUUGUUUUACUACAAAGACAGCAGAGAAGAAACUGUUUUGGGUAGCAUACCAUUGCCUAGUUAUGUAAUAUCUCCCGUUGGACCUGAAGAUCGCAUAAACCGCAAGUAUUCCUUUAAGGCUGUCCACACAGGGAUGAGGGCAUACAUUUAUAAUAAGAGUUCUGUUAUUGGCUGUCAGGGAGAGCAUUCAGGAAUGCGCACAUACUACUUCAGUGCAGAUACCCUAGAGGAUAUGAAUGACUGGAUCCGUGCCAUGAAUCAAGCUACUCUGAUGCAAACACGUUCAUCACUGAAGAGAGAAACAGAAAAAGCGGAUCAGCAAGCUGUUCCCCAAGCUAACCAUGUGGAUUCCUGCAAAGAGCGUGCAAAGGUGGUGGAUACUGCUGAUAUAAAAGAAAGUUAUCAAAAAGCAACUGAAACCUUUGGAUACGAUAGGCAUGAAGAGAUAAGAAAAGAAAGAGAAGAUGAGGAACGUUAUGUCUUCAGAAAAGAAAUUCUGGAGGCUAAGAGGGGAAAAUCUAAGCAUCCAUUAACAUCAGGAGAAGUUGAUCAGUUUCCAGAUUUAACAAGUGCAUCUCGGCCCCAAGUAGCUCAGCCUCAGCCAGUUGAGAAGAAUGGGACGUUUCCUAGUUCAUUAAACAUGAGUGUUGGCCCAGUGGAGCAGAAUGGUACCAGUUUGUAUAAAAGAGGGUUUGUUCCCAGAGCAAAUCCAGAUAAACAGAUGCAAAGGAAAAACAACAUGACUCAAGUGGAGCACUGGGUAAAAGUCCAAAAAGGAGACACAAAAAGUCUUGCUCCUGAUCAGAUUCUAACUCGUCAAGGUCCCAGUCAGUCUUCGUCUUUUCCUGAAAAUUAUCAUACCUUGCCAAAGAAUACCAGGCAGCCUUCAGGGAGCUCUCCUCCACCAAAUCGCAACUUGCCAAGUGACUACAAAUAUGCCCAGGACCGUGUUAGUCACUUGAAAAUGUCCCAUGAGGAGAGGAAAGCUAAUAAGGAUGGUACUGUAUGGCAGCUAUACGAGUGGCAACAGAGACAGCAGUUUAAACAUGGCAGUCCAACUGCUCCAGUUUAUGCAGGUUCUCCGGACUUUACUGACCGUGGUAAAGCAAAAAGUUCACUAGAUGUUCCACGAUCAAUUUCUGUUCCUCCAUCUCCUUCCGAUAUUCCUCCACCAGGACCUCCAAAAAUCUUUCCACCAAGGAGACCGCACACUCCUGCAGAAAGGGUUACUGUUAAACCAUCUGAUGGGAGACAGAGUAUAGACAUACCUUUUGCUGGAUCUCCAAGGAGGAUACGAAAUCAUGCUGUAAAGAAUUCAGCACACGUUGAUAGACGCUCCAUGCCUACUAUGGGAUAUAUGACCCAUACUGUAAGUGCACCCAGUUUACAUGGCAAGUCGCCUGAAGAGCUAACAUUGCUUCUCAUUCGAUUAAGGAGACAUCAGGCUAAGUUGGCUAGUAUACGAAAUUACACAAUCGCCCAAUUACUACAGCAUUUGCCAACUAAUUCCAUCUAUCAGGCUGAUGACACCUACAUCCAGCUGAAGAAAGACUUGGAAUAUCUGGAUCUAAAGAAGCUGUCUCCUUUUAUGAUAACAAUAAAAAAUAAUGGACCUCUGAUCAACAUGGUUUACAAAGUGCUAAAGAACUCAGCACAAGGGUUACUGUCCGGUAUAAAUGUGACAGGGCGUGAUAUACUAAAAGAACGAAGUACAAAACCUGUCAAGAUUGCAGAAAGUGAUAUUGAUGUCAAGCUAAGCGUUUUCUGUGAACAGGACGGGAUUCUACAGGACUUGGAAGACAAAAUAAGAUCCCUUAAGGAAAAUAAAGACCAGUUGGAAUCUGUUUUGGAGGUUUUGCAUAGACAGAUGGAACUGUACAAAGACCAACCACAGCAUGCAGAAAAAAUUUCUUCCCAGCAGAGACUUUUGCAAGAGGACCUCAUUCAUAUUCGGGCUGAAAUAUCCAAGGCAUCCACUGAAAUGGAAAAUGCUUGGAAUAAAUAUCUGAAAUUGGAAAAGGAUGUGAACCAGCUGAAGCAAGCCUUACAGGAACAGAUGAACAGAUCAUUUUUUCCUCAGGAGAAAACACAAAUGCAAAAAGAUUUAUGGAGAAUUGAAGAUGUCACAGCUGGCCUAAGUGCAAAUAAAGCAAACUACAAAGUCAUAGUAGAUUCUAUAAAAAAUCCAGAAAGAAAAACAGUGCCUUCAUUUUCUCAGCCUAUAGUGCCUUCAUUAUCAACUUCUCUCACAACUGUGGAGAGCAAACUUUCUACUCAGCGAACUCCUCCAUCCAGUCCUGUUAAGUCCUCUUUGGAGGUUAGGCUGUUUCCACAGCCUUAUACUCAGCCUAGAACACAGUCUCAAUCACAACAGCUGAAAAAAGUUGAGCAUCCUCUUCAGUCACCAGUGAAGCUAAAGUCAAAAAUUGAAAAUGAAGCACCACCCAGACCUCCUCUCCCUCAGGUCUACAAUCCUGAUGAUCACCCACCAGCUGUUCCACCUCUUCCAAGGGAAGCCAAUGUCAUCAGGCACACAUCAGUGCGAGGCCUGAAACGUCAGUCAGAUGAAAGAAAGAGAGAUCGAGAACUGGGGCAAUAUGUGAAUGGAGAUUAUAGGGGAGAACUUCGUUCAUACAUGAGUGAACCUGAAUUAGCUACAAUAGGUGGUGACCUCAGCCAAACUUCACUUGGUUUCAUAGGUUCUGACAGUGGAUACCAGACAUUACCUACCAGAGGAUUAUCUGGAUCAACUUCCAGACUGCACCAGACAUCCACCAGUUCAUCAUAUGCAACAUUUCAAAGAGAUCGCUCCAAGGAGAGACCAAAGAGUGCCUUGGAACGCUUAUACUCUGGAGACCACCAAAGAUGCAAGAUGAGUGCUGAGGAACAACUAGAAAGAAUGAAGCGACAUCAGAAGGCAUUAGUUCGUGAACGCAAGAAAACUCUUAGCCAAGGAGAAAGACAGUCUAUUUCAUCUCGGUCUUUCAUCCGGCCCGUUUCUGCAGACAUAGGCUCAUGGAAACGAGAACAAGAAUUUGAUUUGCAGUUACUUGAGAGAGCAAUACGUGGAGAAGAGAAAAAUGAAAAUGACAGGUUAAAAAUUCAGCCUGUACCAGUGACAGAGAUGGAUCUGGAACCUCAAGAUUAUAACUUAGAUAUCAGCAGAGAGUUGUCAAAACCUGAAAAGGUGGCAAUUCCAGAACGCUAUGUUGACCUGGACCCUGAAGAACCUCUCAGUUCAGAAGAAUUAGCCGCAAGACACCGUAAUACAGAAAAGAUAAAGAAUAUUCUUACCAGGUCUAG